AUGUCCAACGAUAUCAUCCUCUACGAUCUGGCUUCCCGCCAGGGAAAAUCCUGGAGUUUGAACCCAUGGAAACCACGCCUGGUGAUGAACUAUAAGGGUAUCCCAUACAAGACGGAAUUUUUAGAGUAUCCGGAGCUCGAACCUACCUUUAAAAAAUUUGGAAUACCGCCAAACGAGACCGGAAACUUCAAGUACACCUCGCCCACGAUCCGGCUCCCGAACGGCCGGUACGUGAUGGACUCACGCAAGAUCGCGGACGUUUUGGAGGCAGAGUACCCGGACCCGCCACUGCAUCUGGAUUCGCCGUAUCAGGAACGCGUCGAGGAUGUGCUCAAGGAUGUGCUGGACAACUGCCGCCCCAUCUUCGCCCCGCUUGCGCCCAAGGUCUUCCUCAACACGGCGUCGCAGGGGUAUAUUGCGAAGUCGCGCCAAGAGCUUUACGGCAAAACCUUGGAUGAGCUUUACCAAGAAGCGGAGCCGGGGUUCGAGAAGGCCAAAACUGGGAUCAAGAAGCUUGGUGAUUUGCUUGAUGAGAAUCCCGCCGGGCCGUUUUUCGAGGGUAGCAAGCCCAUCUAUGCGGACUUUAUGGUGGUUGCUUGGCUCAAGAUGAUGGAUGGCUUGGGUUGGGCCGAGAGGAUUUUCGCGUGCGAGGGUGGAAAGCAGUUGUUGAGACUGUAUCGGGCUAGCUCUAAGUGGCUGGAAAGAGAUAACUGA